GACACAAGGCUCAUCCGCUCGCCUCUCCAUUGACGUCAGUCCAGUAUCACAUGAACCAGCAGCGGCCAAUCGGCGAGGCGCUGCUGGAGAGAGCUGGCUCCUUUACAGCAAGAUAGGGGGGGGGAAAUACGGAAUAGAAGGAAACCGAGCGACUGAUCCUGUAAUGAGCACAAAACCCUAUAGAGGAAGCGAGACAAGCCGCAACUCGGGGUCUGUUUCAUUUUUACCCAUCUUUCUGCGUCUUUCUGGCGGUGGAUUAUUCGUUUUGGCACCGAGGCGGCGGACGGAAGGGAUAAGGCCAUGGCCCUAACAUAUUGAGUAGCUCCCUGGUAAGAGGAGGGGAGACGCGACGCGCACGGCGACGCAAUUCAUGGAGCAUUGUACGGGGAGGAAAAUGGUGGAUUGUUUACAGUGUAUCAUAAAAACCGUUCCUCGUGUGGAUAUCCUGCCAUAAAACUACUCGAAGGCUCCUUUAGCGCCUGCCUCGGCCUCGUCUCCAGUAAUUAGUCGCGUUCUAGCACCACUAGGUAGGUAGAUACCCCCUCCCCCAGCUCGAUCAGAGCCACCUUAGACAUUGUUCAUUUUUUUUUAUAUCUAUACUGUACAUGUAGGUGUCUUGCGUCAAGCAAUCACCCCCCCUCCUCAUUUAGGACAACUGUUGGAUUACUAAAUUAUGGAUUUCAACAGCACCGGCGGUGGCAACGAACUGCACAACAACCAGUUUUAUCAGUGCGAGGAGAGUAAGCCUUUACUCGGGGACAUGUCGGAGGGGAAUAAUAACGCCAAAGUGGGUGCAGGGCCGUGUAAACGGAGCCUGCAACACUGCAGCAGCAGCGGGAUGCGCUACAAGCUGCUCCACGAGGGGGACAUCCAGGUGUGCGUGGUCAAACACCCACGCACCUUCCUCAGCAAGAUCCUCACCUCCAAGUUCCUGCGGAGAUGGGAGCCGCAUCACCUCACACUCACGGACAGCAGCCUGACCUCGGCCACCCCCACUGGUUACAUGGAGACAUCGUUGUCUUAUAGCUCCAUAGAGGACUUGCAGCUUCUUUCAUGGGACAAUGCACCAAAGUACUGUGUCCAGCUCAGCUUCCCCGGUGGCACUGUCCUGCUGCAGGCUGCUAACAGCUACUUAAGGGACCAGUGGUUUCACUCCUUACAAUGGAAGAAAAAGAUCUACAAAUACCGCAAGGUGCUGAACAAUCCAAGUCGUUGGGAUGUUGUCCUGAAAGAGAUCAGAGCACUGGUGGACAUGGCUCUGACCUCGCCACUGCAGGAUGAGUCCAUCCACCAGGCCCCUCUACACAUCAUCUCCACUCUGUUAGCUGAAAACUCUAAUCUCAGCCCACAGGAUCAUGAGAACAUCAUUGUGGCCAUUGCACCUCUUCUGGAAAACAACCACCCGCCCCCGGAUUUGUGUGAGUUCUUCUGUAAGCACUGCCGGGAGCGUCCACGUUCAAUGGUUGUUAUAGAAGUGUUCACUCCUGUGGUCCAGAGAAUCCUCAAACACAACAUGGAUUUUGGAAAGUGCCCUCGACUGCGCCUAUUCACUCAAGAGUACAUCCUGGCCCUCAAUGAACUGAAUGCAGGAAUGGAAGUUGUCAAGAAGUUUGUUCACAGCAUGCACGGGCCAACGGGGCAGUGCCCUCACCCUCGUGUCCUGCCAAACCUGGUUGCAGUAUGUCUUGCUGCCAUUUACUCCUGUUAUGAGGAUUUCAUUAACAGUCGAGACAACUCUCCUAGCCUGAAAGAAAUCAGAAAUGGCUGCCAGCAACAGAAUGAUCGCAAGCCUCCAAUGCCGCUCCGCCUGCUGCGCCCAGAGCCACCAACGCCGCCUUCUGCCACCCUGCUCCCCCUCUCCUCCAACCCCACUCCUCCUCAACCACAUCCUCCUGCUUCCCCAAACCCUCCACCUUCAAUCCCCAUAUGCUCCCCCACACCCUCCCUUCCCCUCUCCCCUCCUCCGUCUGUUGUCAACUCCAGCGAGAUCCUGGUGGAGUUGGAACGCAACAACAACUCUGCCAAUACAAAGCGAAAGCCAGAUUCUGAUAGUGAACCCAACCUCAUUGACUGUCUGCUGGUCAGCCCGGCUGUCAACACUCUGUCCAUUCAGCUGCCUGCGCAGGCUGACCGUGUGCUUGGGUGCUUUGCUCUCAUCCUCAAGAUGCUGUCUGAUUAUGAUGACUGGAGACCUGCGCUGGCCAGCCUGUUGCAGCCCAUCCCUUUCCCUAAAGAGGCCCUUGCACAUGCCAAAUUCACCAAGGAACUGAAAUACGUCAUUCAGAGGUUUGCGCAGGACCCAAGGCAGGAGGUCCAUUCCUGUCUACUCAGUGUGCGAUCAGGAAAAGAUGGCUGGUUCCAGCUCUAUAGUCCAGGAGGCGUGGCCUGUGAUGACGAUGGAGAGCUGUUUGCCAGCAUGGUGCAUAUCCUGAUGGGCUCCUGCUAUAAGACAAAGAAAUUCCUCCUCUCUUUGGCUGAGAAUAAACUGGGCCCCUGCAUGCUUUUGGCCUUGCGUGGGAACCAGACAAUGGUGGAGAUUCUGUGUCUGAUGCUGGAGUACAACAUCAUAGAGAACAAAGACACCCAGCUGCAGAUUAUCUCCACCCUGGAGAGCACCCAGGUUGGCCUCCGUAUGUACGAACAGCUCUGCGACCGGCAGCGAGAACUCAAAGAACUGCAAAGAAAAGGGGGCCCCACCCGCUUGACUCUUCCCUCCAAGUCCACGGAUGCGGAUCUCGCUCGCCUGUUGAGUUCAGGUUCUUUCGGGAACUUGGAGAAUCUCAGCCUGGCCUUCACUAAUGUCACCAGUGCCUGUGCCGAGCAGCUCAUCAAGCUGCCUUCGCUUAAACAGCUUAACCUGUGGUCCACUCAGUUUGGGGAUGCAGGAUUGCGGUUGUUAUCGGAGCACUUGGCCUGUCUUCAGGUGCUCAACCUGUGUGAGACCCCUGUCACUGAUGCUGGCUUACUGGCUCUAAGCUCCAUGAAGAGUUUGUGUAGUCUGAACAUGAACAGCACCAAGCUUACAGCGGACACUUAUGAAGACCUCAAGGCCAAGCUGCCCAACCUGAAAGAUGUGGAUGUUCGGUACACAGAAGCCUGGUGAUGGACUCGCCUCACAUACCCGGCACGGGAAGCCAGACACCCGGUAGAAAAAAGACAGGAUGCGUUCUGUUCACCAGGCGUUUGUUGCCAUCAUCAGACCAGGAUCCCAGACACCAAUCAUCACACCGUGAGAAACGGCUUACUUUUGAAGUGUAAACGUCCCAUUUUGUCAAACCAAGAAAGCUUUAUGGACCUUGUUGCUCCCCUUCCUACUGUUGCCGAUGUAUAAUGGACCCUUUUUGCUGACGUGAUCAGAGGACAUUCAAGGACCUGUUAUACCAUUUGAUCUCUCUGACUACGUACCCACUGUCCUCCCCGUCAUAGAGUACGUGGCCUCUGUUUCUUCCACAGUCCUACUCUUUUGAUCCGUCACGUAUGUUAUGAUGAAGCGCUUACAUUCCAGCUCUUCUCCACUCCGAUCGAAGAUGUAGCUAUUCAAUCAAUUCAAUCACGCACCCUUCAUUUCAAGUCCCUAUUCCGGCUUUGUUUGGGAACGGUGCUGCCUUUGUGAGUAGUAGGAGUGUGCCUGUUCCUCAUUUACAAACAGAGAGAGACAAAAAAAGAGGUUUUUACCAGCUUAAAUGAACAUAUUUUUCCAGGCAUCUGCGCUUUCAUAUAUUGUGUGUUUAUAUGUGUGUGACAUUUGAGAAACAGUUGGGGAUCUUUGUAGGAGAACUGAACAGUAAUAGCAAAAUCUUUCCCUUUUUAAUUUGUUGCCAGUGUACAUUGGGAUUAAUAUUUAAUAGGACUUUUGCAUAGCAGUAGCUGGGUGGUCUGGGACUGCCUCUUAUUUAUAAGCCUCUAUUACGCUCAUGGAUAUAAUCCUGGCAGUAAAGAUGUACACAGACUCUGUUCUUUUUGGUUGUUCUUUUGGACACAUCACAUACAAAGCCAACCUAGAGGAUACUCACACAGGGAUCUCUCUGUACUAUGCCAUGGGUGUUACGUGCACCUCCAAACCAGACCCAUCACCAGCUAAGAGUUUGUGUGCUUUGUAUUUUGGCCCGAUGGGAAACCGACCGACGUGGAGAAAAGGACACUUGCCAAACAUCAGACUUGUUUUUGUUGCAUCAAGCCGACCCCAGCGUCUUACGUCAGGCCGGUGGAGCUGCUGAUGUAAAGAUGUAGUCUGACGUCCAUGCCGACGACAAACGACCGGCUCGUUCUUCUGUUUAAAUUGGUAGUACCGUUCAAGGCGAUUUCUAAUCAUAAUUUCGGGACACAAUUCUUGUAUAUAUUACAAAUGUGGGUUAUAGAUGACAAACGUGGUCAUAAUUGUCCAACAUUCCCUCCACGGGUUGACCGUGUCGUGUGGCAACACUUCCAGUACCACCCUGACACAUUGUAUGUGGCGAUCGGCAAGUCAACAGUUCCAUCUUCAUACACUCAAUUUGCGCCAUUUUUUUGUUUGUUUUUUUAAUGUGUGCCACCCGCAAAAGCUGGAUGCCAUCCACUGCAAGAUAUUUUGUUUGCUAUUUAUUGGGUGCCAUGCGCUUUUCUGUUUGGUAAGUAGAUUUCGGGCCAUCUCUGGGUCAAGCUUUGGGCCCCAUGUUAACGUUCAUAUCCUGUAUAAUGUACAUAGAAUUGUAUAUAGUCUCUUUUCAUUCUACUAUUCAAACCCUUUUUAAACCAAUUUUCUUCAUCAUCCUCUUUUCUGUAUUGAUUUUGGCCUUCCCUCAUUGUCGGGCCGGUGUUGCCUUCGUUUUAGCAAUGUGUGUGGUCGUUUUGUUGUUUUACACAAACUGCACUGUAAUCUAAAGGAAAGGUUUUUAAUGCAUACUAUUUUUAUUUUUAAGUUUUCAGCUUUACUGAUUUGAUUCUUACAUAAAUUUGAUGUGUCACUUGUGUUCUGUUGGUGUUGUUUUCAGGAUUAUUUUGCAUGUACACGUCUCUGCUUCAGCCGAUAUUUUCAACACUUGUUUUAGAAAUGGUUUGAACCUGAAUUGAAAAAACGGUUGUUUCCAGGAUCCGUUCAUAAAACUUGUCACCGUUGGUGCGGUCAGGCUUAUUGAUUUGUACUCAAACUUCAUACCGUACCGUUAGCGGUGUACACCCGUCCCUAAGACUUUGCAAAACACGAUGACCACUUCAGUGAAACCAUUUCCUCCAAGCUACGUACUGUAAACCCGCUGCCUGAGCGUUUCAGCAGCUGCACGUUCAUUGGCCAAAUAUCCAUCAAUUGAACGUUGCUGUACUUGUGUUUACAUUGUCUUGUUCGCCUGUUUGAUCGCAGUUGAUAACCACUGUCACAUUUGUACGAUAUAACUAAUUCUCCUUCAACUUGAAAAUGUUUUACACUAUCAAAAAACAACAAAACGGAGUGAUUGGUUCAAAUCAAUGACGAAAGGCCAGGAAAUGCAUGGAGACAAUAAAAGUACAUCCAAAUUUCUCAGUGGUCCCCACGAAUUUAUGUCAGAUUGAUUCAUUUUUGCACAUGUUUUUUUAUUGUAGUAACCAACAAUUUUACAGAUGCUGGUGGACAGCGCUUGUUGCAUUUGGAUGAAGCCACGCUAUCAGCCUGCCGCUUCCUGUUAGAGCAGGGGUGUCCAAAGUGUGGCACGGAGGCCGUUUUCAGCCCACAGUUCGUUUUUUAUUGGCAUAUUGUAAAAAAUAAAAUUAAUGAGGAACAGUGGAACCUCGGUUAGCGUUAUUAAUCCUUUGCAGAAGGUCCGACUCUCACCAAAACGUACUCGAACCAAAUACAUUUUUCCCAAAAGAUACGUAAAUUCAAUUGAAGCGUUCCAGAAAACCAAAAAUCUAAACACAAAACACAUAUUUAUUAUUUUGCAUGCGUUCAAAUAUAUGCAUAUGAAGGAUAAAUGAAAAGAAUUCAUUCAUUCAUUCUGUCAUUCAUUCAAUGAACAUUUAACAUCACUUUUACCUUCUUUGUAGAAGUGAUUGUUGACAAAGAUGGCGAUGAGGCAUCGAGAUCCACUUGGACAAACCCUUCGUGUUUUGCUAUGAGUUGUUUCUUGAAUUCAAUGGUCUUUCUAACCUUAUUUGUCAAAAAGCUCGCACGGGCAACUUUCUUUGGCUCCACUGUGGGUUAUUUUGCAGCUGUGAUCAAUAAAAACCAAAAGCAGCAUCUUGUGGUGUGACUGUGUUAGUUAGCUAAGAACUACAAAGUCAACCGCCGAUGACGUCAUAGAAGGGCGACGGAGCUGACUUCCACUUCCUGUUUCUUCCUGCUAACAAGGACGUUUGUGAUAAGAAUACAUAAAGAACACAGUUGGACGCACGCAGCACGACAAGACGCGCGACACAUUGUAUGCAAACCAGAAAAUGUACGCAAACGGGCAAAAUUUUGGUGCACAUUUUCGACGUUAACCGAAAAACAUGCUAACCGGGGCGUAUGCUAACCCAAGUUCCACUUUAUUUUAGAUACUACACUAAUUUGCUAUGUCACCUAUAACAGCUUAUGUGUCAAUAUUUUGUUCAGAUAGGUUAGCAUAUGUUUACCUGCGUAGCGUCUUUAAUACACAAAAUGUUUUAAAAGUGAGCCCUGCAUCUUUUAAUUUUCCGUAUGACACCCCUGUACUAGACACUAGACAGCAGCAGCAAUACGUCUCAGCAAGAACAGACGAGCUCGAGCGGCACAUUUCCCCAAAUGGACAACCGUACACGAUCGUCCUUUUCGCGUUACGAUUGGAUUACAGCUCCACAUGUAACGUCAUGUUUCUGUUUCUGUGUGUGAGGCUUUCCUCUUUUUGCUAUUUUGUGUUCACUUCCGAGUUUCUCCCUCAGCCAGCAGAUGUUUCGACCAUUUUGAAAUACUCUUGUUUUGUUCAGGUCCUACAGUGUAAGGAGCAAAGUCAGACUGGGCGAAUCUGACAGACUGAAAUAGAAAACAAAACAAAAACAAGAUUUCUAAUGAUCCCUUCCUAGUAUUUAUUUAUUUAUUUGGCAGCUGGAAGGGGUGCCCAUCUUGUUUGUCCUUCAUUUUCGGUCUUUCUCAGCAUUGAUCUGCUUCUACUGCUGGGUUGUUAUUCUAGUUAUUAUUAUUAUUGCUGCUGCUAAUGUUCUGUGGCUGUAAUAAAAUACAAUGAUCUUCAAGGUGAUGUGAAAUACUUUUAAACAAAAAUAAACUGUCUGUGAAUAUG